UUUAACUUUUCAUUUGCACUAAAUGUGUACGUGAAAAAUAAAACUAGAAAAGUUUUAGCAAAUUUAUGUUGCGUUAAAACUAACCACAAGAAAGUAUUGAUGCUGGGAUUCUAGAAUACUUCGAAGAGAUGAGUCAAACUACACACAUUAAUUUUCUUACUACACCAAAGACACAGACCCAAACCAAUCCACUGCCGUGUUUCCGUCCGUGCGUUGCGCGUUGCGUCGUUGCGUUCUCAACACGGAUCGAGGCCCCUAAUCAAGGCUCCUAAUGCAUUACGGAUGUGCGGUCUGUUGAUUCCGUCGGAGCCGACCUCUGUGCCGGUGCAUAUCGCGACGUAACGGUGCUAUCUUCGAUGGUGCGGAAUGCUGCGGUCGCAAUGACGCCGACCCCGCUGCGGUUCCCCACGUAGCCGUCGCGCAGUGGUCAAGCGCGCCCGUGCCUCCGUCCGGCGAUGUCGCGGCACCCGUAGCGGUCGCCAGCAUGGGCCAGAGGUCGCACCGCUUCGUCUAUUAUGUGCCGUGCUUGGUCGCACUCUCAGUCGUCGGCUGCCUGCUCGUCCUGUUCAGGGAGCGGCCGUACCUGGCGUCGUACCGUGGCCGAGACAGUCGAGGCAAGGUGGCCUCGCCGUCCGCCCCGACACCGGAAGUCACGGCGAGCCCGAGACGGGAGCCCGUCAAGCUGGCGAUGGUCACCUGCGGGGACCACCUUAACAUCACUCUGGUCAGCCUCAAGUCUGCCGUAGCCUUCUCCAAAGCACCCCUGCACCUGCUGCUGUUUGCCAGCGAUGCCUCCAUCCAGCCUCUCCGAGAGCAGUUGCUGCGGUGGCCAGCUGAGGUGCUGGAGCGUGUCACCUUUGAAGUGCAUCCUGUCAGAUUCCCAGAAGAAAAGGGCGACAAGUGGAAGAAGCUAUUCCAGCCGUGUGCUUCUCAGCGCCUCUUUUUGCCCAGCGUGUUGCCGGAGGAGGAUGCAGUUCUGUACGUGGACGCCGACGUGAUCUUCGUGCACCCUCCUGAAGACCUCUGGAGCCUCUUUGGCGCCAUGAACGACAGCCAGCUGGCGGCGCUGGUGCCAGAAAGCGAGGAUUAUGCCACCAACUGGUACCGGCGCUUUGCACGCCACCCGUUCUUCGAGCCCUUGGGAGUAAAUUCGGGAGUGAUGCUGAUGAACCUGACGAGAAUGCGCGCCUUCGGCUGGGAGUCCCUGAUGGGGCCGCUGCUGACAAAGUACGAGCGGAACAUCAGCUGGGGCGACCAGGACCUCAUCAACAUUGUGUUCCACGACCACCCCGACAAGCUGCUGGUGCUGUCGUGCAAGUGGAACUUCCGCACGGACCACUGCAUGUACGGCCCCAACUGCCUGGGAGCGACGGCUGCACUGCUGCACGGCAACCGCAACGUCUUCCAGACCAGCAAGGAGCCCGCCUUCAGGGCCGUCUAUCUGGCCAUGCAGCAGUACCAGCUGGGAAGCAGCCUGCUGACCGGCUUCCUGGAUCCCCUGGAGAAGGGUCUGCGGAAAGCCCGGACGACGCGCUGCGGCCAGGAGCUGCUCGGCCACCUUGCCCAGUGGAGGGAGCGCCAGCUGCUAUGACCGCCGCACGAUUCAGCGAAGGAAAGGAUCUAGAUAGGGCCGUACCAUUUGCAGUUGGAAAUUUGCCACGAAAGUAGUCUCAAUACCGCAACCUUUGACAGCAGCCAUCUUGAAGUCUGAAAGCCGGUUACGUGUGCAUCUCGGCACUAAACGCUGCAUUGUGUGCGCGGAGUAUGUGAAGUCUGGGUUUCUUCAGCAAAGUGCUGAUGCAGUGCAAAGUCUGUGCAACCCUACUUCUCGUGGCCCGGAGGGUCUAGUUUGUGCAGACCCUCUCACGUGCCCCUUCUCCCCUUGAGAAAUUUAGUGCUGUGAAUGGGCCCCAAUAUGUAACCAAUUUGGAAUUUGAGACUGGAACAAUUGGUAAAACUACAUCAGUGAACAUUGGGGCAGUGGCAAAAAGUAAUCUACCAUAACCUUUCUAUUAUUGUUUCAGCCUGGUCUUUUUGUUCCCCUGGGUAUUGGCAAUUCCGUAGCUUUUUUUUUUUCUGGUAAAAGAUUGCAGGAUCACAGGAACUAGUUCUCCGCAGUACUAUUAAUGAGACGGCUAUGCACAUCGAGCUGGUAUACACUAUUUCAUGGACGUGACAAGCACAGUCAAAGGUUUUUUGGGAUCUGGUGGGAAAAAAUUGCUGCAAAUAAGAUUCAAGAUGGUUGCUGUGGAAUUAUACCAUUUAAUUGCCUUGCGAAGCAAAGUUCUUUUAAAGUUUUGUAAUGUCCAUUAGACAUGGCAAGGUCAGCAGUUUUCAAAGUCACAGCUGCACUCAAUAUUUUAGUAUCACACCUAGGUGUAGUACUACUUUUUUGUGCUUCGAGGGGUGCUAUUGCACAAGGUCAGCAAUAUAUGAAGUAUUUUUUUCUCGCUCAACGAGCCACAACGGCGCACAAUACAAGAGAGUCAUUGUUUUACUGCCUUUAUGUCCUACGUCAUUCCUUGGCAUGCCUUAGAUUUGAAUUUCGAGAUUGUUGAAAUAUGUGUAAUGGCUUACCAAAUGUGGUGCUCAUGGUGGUGUCGCGACACGAGCCAUCUACGCUCGAUUCACGUAGACCAUUAACGUUGCAACAGAGAUGCUGCUAUCAAUGCCCAGAGAAAGUAUUAAAGGAACACCACGCUAAUGAGAUCAUUCACAGGCUUUGUCGUCGCAUUUCAUGAAGGACCAGGGCAUCUGUAGCUUCGAUCUCCACCUCGAUUCGUACGAACAUGUCGUUUUUGCGUAACUCACAAUUUUAGUAUUUGCUGUCCACGUGCGGAGGACACCCUUGUUUCAGGUAUCCAAUGUUUUUAGGGCAUUUACAUUUUCAUGUUAUUGCGAGGAGCCGAUGAUGGAUAUGUUUUUACUGGUGUUUUGCCCUUGGUUGUCCCAGGAUAGUCUAGGUGUCUGAAUUGUGCCAUGUUGGCCAUAUAUCCCAGGAACAAUUUUUUUGCACUGUCACACAAGCAAUCUUUCUAUGAAAGUGCCUCCACACGUAGAGUGUAUUCAGUGUGGAAGCGCACCUUUGCUUCUUCAGCGUGCUGUGUUCCGCUGCUUGGACUCUCUAAAUUAUUUUUGGGGCGCAACAGAAACCAACAACAUUCAUACUUGCCGGUGUUGCAGUGCCACAAUGAAUGCACAUUUCAGUUGUCAUCCCUUGCCUAAACAGGGCAAAUGAAAUGUGCCUCCUUUUAGAAAUCUCAUUUACGCCAGACGCACGACGGCCAGUGUGACACCACUUGUACGUAUUAUUGUAUUAUAUUUAUUUUCCGGGCCCGGCCGCGGUGCCGGCCAACGGGCGACACGCGUAUGCCAUGUUCAAGGAAUAAAGCCAAUUUACUCUCGUC